UCUGCGCUUUUUCAUAUCCUGGUUUGUAUAUAGGAGGACGACCAAUCUGGCGAACUAGCCCCGAGUAGCGGCGAAGUUUGCCACAGACGUGACGUUUCCUUCCCUUGCCCGUGGUUGCCAUUUCGACGGUGGUUUUGUUUCGCGUAGAUUAACCGUUGUGGUGUCCUAAUAUUCGGGCGUCUCUUGCUUGCAUCUAUGUUCUUGUUGGUUCCAUGGCGAAUGGCUGUCUUGUGUGGAUUGGAAUCUAGGGUGAAGCAUUGUGCGAGGCCGUUAGGUUUGUUUUUUUCGCGGCGUCAGUAAAUGUCUUGAUUCAUUUACGGCUAGUUUGGGAACUCAAAUUCCCUCUAGAAUUGGAGGGGAAAUUAGCUGAGAGAUGGCAGGCAGAUACAAACUUUCUGCGAUUAUUACUAAGAACAAUUGAAGGCUCGAGGAAAUCAAUUGACCUAUGCUCAUCUCCAAAGUAGAAGUCUCACCAGCCAGACAGGCAGUCAUUACAGAACGAGCACCUAUGAUGGGGAUGGAAGUACCUCUCCAACCAUUCCCCCUCCCAACCCUACUUUAUAUUCUAUUAUUCCUCAUAUUUCUCCUUCUCUCCAAUCAUUCUCCCUAUUCAGCUCCCCUUUAACUUAGCUAUUUAUUUUUUACAUCAGUUUUUGGAGUUUGUAGUACCGUAAUACACAUUGUUAUCUAUUAAUUAAACUAAAAAAAAUCUAGCCGUAAAUACAAUUAUUAAGUGGAGAUUGGGAGACUACAACUCCAACUCUCCACGGGGAAAAUGGGGGGGGGGGGGGGGGGGGGGGCGGACGCCCCCACAUACACCGGAUAGCAGGCAGGGGGCCGUUGGAGGCCACCAGGUGAGUGCAGGGCCCAGUGUUCGGUCAGUGAGGCAGCAGGUAUCCACAGGGCUUUCCAACUUUUCAUUCUUGAUUUACUGAUCAUUCACCACUUGUUACACUUAAUUGACUUGAUUGUGCAGGACCAUUGUGUUUACUGAAGCAGCUUAGUUCAUGUUCCUGUCAUGGGUAUGGAACAUUUCAUCAGUUCUGCAAACCUUUCAGCAGAAGGUUUCACAUCGUAUGGAAAUGAAGCAGCAGAGGAAAUGAAAAAACUACGAGGUCUAAGAUUGGAAACACUGAUGGAAACCUGCCAAAACACAGAAAGCAGAGAUGUAGCGAUCAGGUGUCCAAUACCAUGCAAAAGCAGCAGGCGGUAUAGGGAACAUGACUUGAGAGCUGCACAAGAUCUUUCUGAAUUCAUUGUGAGUAAGGCUUCACCUCCAUACUUUAUGGGAUCUCCACCACUUCGUGCAACCAAUCCUCUUGCUCAUGAUGCACAAUUCUGUGCGUGGAAGGUGCACAGCGUAGAUCAGUCACUAGGAAUUCCUAUACCAGCCAAGAGUUACAAUGCUCGCUACUAUGCAAGGAAAGAAUCUUUUAGGAAGGCUUGAAGCUACUUUUUGUCAAGUUCAUGAUCGUCAGUGAUGUCAUAGUCGUAUCUCCGCUUCUCUCAGCAAGGCUAACUUGUUUACUUGUAUAUGAGUGGCUGUCCCUUUUGAAGGUGUGAGUUGUCUUAUUUGAGUGUUUAGAGUAUCUCAUCCCUAGUGUUGUAAAUAUAUUUCUUUGCUCAUUUUUUGUUAGUGGAGCUAGUUUUGGUGAAUAAGUACUGGUAUAAAGUAUAAACAGUGUUGCUGAGUAAUGAGGUAAUCUGAAUGAAAAUGUUUGCCAUUCUUCAGUUUC